UGAUUAUCAUGACUUUCAGCUCGAAAUCCUGUUUCUCUUUACUUGAUCUAUAACCAAUGAUAAAAGCAACUUUUUACUAACCAAUAUCUUAUUCUGUGCUUUUCUCGAAGAAUUUUCCAUCAUCUUCUUCAGCCGGUACCUCCAUUUUGUUUAUUUCAACAGCGAAGAGUAUCGAGAUAUCGCGGAAAUUAUAUUAUUCAGCAACGUUUAGCUUUUUAAUAAGAUAGUGACCAUUAAAAAAACAUGUCUCACGGAGGUAGAAAUGAGUGUAGAAUUUAUGUGGGCAAUUUGCCACCGGAUAUAAGAACAAAAGAUAUUCAAGAUCUCUUUUACAAGUUUGGUAAAGUUACAUUUGUUGACUUGAAAAAUCGCAGAGGUCCACCAUUUGCUUUUGUUGAAUUUGAUGAUCCAAGAGAUGCAGAAGAUGCCGUACAUGCCAGAGAUGGCUACGAUUAUGAUGGUUACAGAUUGAGAGUUGAAUUUCCAAGAGGUGGUGGACCUAGUAAUAAUUUUCGUGGAGGUCGUGGAGCAGGGGAUACUGGUAGAGGUGGUCGUGGUGAAAUGAGUAAUUCUCGUGGACGUGGUCCUCCAGCUAGAAGAUCUCAAUAUAGAGUUCUUGUUACUGGUUUACCACCAUCUGGAAGUUGGCAAGAUCUCAAGGAUCAUAUGCGAGAAGCCGGUGAUGUGUGCUUUGCAGAUGUUUAUAAGGACGGUACUGGAGUUGUUGAAUUUUUACGUUAUGAGGAUAUGAAGUAUGCUGUAAAGAAACUGGACGAUUCAAGAUUUAGGUCUCAUGAGGGAGAAGUAGCAUACAUACGUGUAAAGGAAGAUCACAACAGUGGUGACAGAGGACGUAGUGAGGAUAGAGAAAGGGGUAGAAGCCGUUCGCGUAGCUACAGUCCACGACGUCGUGGUUCUCCAACGUAUUCACCGUUACGGCGUAAUUACUCGCGCUCAAGAUCCCACUCCAAAUCUCGAUCGUACGACUAGUGUGUACGUAUACGUUUCACAUGGUAAUAUAAGUAAAUGUUCAUUGAUAUUUGCUUUACCAUGUUUUAUUAUUGCUGAUUUAAAAUUUGAUUAUGGAAACUUCAAUACGAUUAGACUUCUUAAGAAUAAUGAAGAUAGCUUUUCUGACAUUGCUAGAAUAUUUAAUAUUCUAUUUGAAAUAUGGAUUGGGCACAUUCCUAUUGUACGGAAAACGUAAGCAUAAACAAAUUGUCAACUUUUCUUUUUUUAAUUUGACAACUGUUGAUAGUUGAAUCAGCAAUAAUAUGAUAUCUCAAAUAAUCAUAAAAUAUAAGUUUCAAUAGCAAGUUUCAUAAUAACAGUGAAAAGGAAUUGUGCUCACAAUCGACUAUUAAUCAAGAAUUAUGCAAAGCUAUACCAGUUAGGUCACUUGUACAUUAUAAAAUACAUUCCUUUAUAUUUUCAAACUGGUUCUCUUCAUAAUUACAUAUAAAGCAUGUAACAAUUUUAAAGUACCAUUAGUAAAGAAAUUGGCGAUCCACCUUCAAUGAUCAUGCAUUGAUUAAUGAUAUCUGCAACAGAAUGUUUGAUGCUUCCAAACAACCAGUGUAAUUAUUCAUACUCAAUGAUCUGCAGUAUAUUUCUUAAUGACACACUAGUUACUGUGGAAUCCGGUAGGCAUAUUACAGUACCAAAUCCAGUGUGUGAUUUUUUUAUCAUUCAUAUUUAUUUAUCGACAUUCUUAAAAAUAAACUUAUUACACAGAAAUUUGUCUAACCUAUUAAGAUUUAAUAUUUUUUUUUUACUUUUAAUCUUAGUAUGCUUUAUACUUGAACUUAUGGCAAAAUUAUAGUUCUAUAUAUGAGAUAAGAAAAAUAAUUUCUAAAAUUAAAUCACUUAAAUGAAACCAUUUCUGUAGAUUGAAGUAGGUAAAUUGAAAUAUUUUUUGAUUUCUCUGUCUGUUUAAUAAUAACAAUGAAUAAAAAGUCAUUCAGUUGAGAUAAAUAACUGCAGUAUUAGAAGCAUAAUUUUGAUAAAAACAUUCUGUACUUCGAUUGAAAUAUGUAUCAUUUAUUCAAUUAUGUGUUUGCCAUAUGUGGAUCUUAAUAAAUUAUAUAAAUUGUGUGUCUUUUGAUUAGCUUAUGUAUUAGUUUCAUAGAUUUUAUGGCUUUUCUAUAAUUAUGCCAUUAGUUUAAAUUUUUUUUCAACUUUUCAGUACUAAUAUUUUAUAUUAAAUUUCACUGAAGGUACUGAGAUAUCUCGGUUGUAAAUUAUUGCAUACAAAACUGUUGCAUGCCAUAA